GUCGUUUGCAGUGGUUACUUUGAUCCAUGUCAUCAGGAUGCCUGACAAUAAAGAUCUUUCACUUGGAUUACUAUCUCUCUCCACCGAUAGAUCUGCUAGAUAUAAAUUAUUCGAGUUUUUCAGGAAGAUUUUCAAGCCGUAUGCCAGUUAUUCGAGUGUAUGGUACAGCUUCUACAGGUCAGAAAAUCUGUUGCAAUGUACAUGGAGUUUUGCCGUAUUUUUACGUUGACCUGCCAACUAAUGAGUUGGAUGGUGGUGAUUUUGUUCGGUCGUUUGUCUUUAGUCUUGAAAAAUCUAUUCGUACCAAGCUAAACAACUAUAAUAUGAAAGAUAUGUACAUUUUCGAUGCUUCAGUGGUAUCUGGUCUUUCUAUAUAUGGAUAUCAUGAUACAGAAAGACCUUUUAUCAAGUUGUACCUUGUGGAUCCUGGUAUAGUGAAUGUCUGUUCUGAAAUAUUACAAAGUGGUGCUGUGCUGAAUCGUGUAUUUCAAACUUAUGAAACGCAUAUCCCAUACUUGCUACAGUUUUGCGUGGAUUAUAAUCUGUACGGCAUGAAUUUGCUUUAUGCAGGAUAUUUUAAAUUUCGUACGUCUGAUUAUGUAAAUUUCCCAUCAUUACUGAAAAAUUCUGAAAAUAUGUGGAGUCCUUCAAAAUUCAAUUCAGAACAUUUAUUACAACCAAAAUGUGCUCCUAAAUACACCAGUAUGGAAUUGGAAGUUGAUAUAUCUGCAUGGGAUAUUCUGAAUCGUCGAGAGCUUGGAAUUAAUCCUUCUAUAAAUCCUGGUCUUGAAGCUAUGUGGACUGAAGAGGAGAUGCGUCGAAUCUCAAAAUUUGAUAAAUCUGAAAAUUUUCCAAAAAUGCCAACUGCAAAUGAGUUGUUACCAUGUGAUGAACAAAAUAUCGACGUUAAUCUAUCAGCCAGUGAAUCGCAGUAUCUUUCUCAAUGGAUUGUUCUUCUUCAACAAUACACAAUUUCACAAAGUCAACAAGAUGAUAAUUUAACAGAUAUAGAAUCAUCUAUUGCAAACGAUGACUACGUUUCUAAAUGGCUUGAGUGCAGUUUUACAGAGGAUGAUGAGACUAUUGGCGGAGAAGAAGACGAAGAGAAAGAAAUCGAAGGCUACAAAGGCAAUCUCACGAUUGAACCCGAUGAUGCUGAUGAUGAGACGAUUUCUGUCCAACUAACUCAAGAAUCAUUUGUGUUGAAUACUUAUGUAGAAAAUACAUUCACUACUACUGCGACUACUGAUACCCCUCGUCCAGCACUACAACCACCACCACGACCACCACCGACAACAACUGAAAAUAAAUCCUCAGCUAGUUUCACGACAAUUAGUUCAACUGGUCUACAAGAAUUAUAUCGUCUGGCGAGUGCUACAGAAGAAUAUGAUGCUUGGGUACCAAAUAGUGAACAAUUGGAUCAGUUGCAUAAUCACUUAUUGCCUCCGUCAUUAUCAUCAUCAUCAUCAGUGAAUUUAACGAAACUUGAAUAUUCACAACAGUUGCUGGUAAAUACUCAUACUAAUGCUAAUAAUAAUGCUGGCUGGACAAGUAGUCCUAUUGAUCUGCUUGAAGCUAAACCAUCGGAUAAUGUUUCCAGUGAAGACUUAUUAUGGACUAGCCAACACCAAACAGUGACUAUUACUGAUGCUAAUCCAGAAGAAUCGCAUAAUGACGUUGGCGAUGAAGAUACGCUGAUUACAAAUGCUACACAAUGUGCUAUCUCUUUUGUAUGCAGUCAAUUGGAUAAUACAAAUAAAUCGAUAGUUGGCGCUUAUUUGACAACAGCACAUGAAACAAUUAACGAUGACAAUGAUGAACAGUGUAUGUCUCAACCGAGUGGAUUCCUUGACUUGAAUACUGAGGAAAUAUUUAAUAUGCCAGUUAGUCAAAAUAAUAAUAAUAAGGAAUCAUCGUCAGUAGCGUAUGAUUGUUGGGAUGACAUGUCUGAUGAUUUAUUCAUCAGUUAUUUAGAUGAUUCUUAUGAUGCUGAUUAUAUUCCAUGCCAAGAGCUGAAGUCAAUCAAUGAAGAAAAUGAAGAGGUUGAUGGCGAUGAUGACGGCGAUGGUGAUGACGAUUUAUUCCACUUACAUUCUACUCCUGUAGAAGAUGAGAAAGUGAAUAAACAAAUACCAUUAACAGAAGGUGAUGAUGGUGGUGUUGGCGAUUGUUCACUGUCUGGUUCACCUUUGCUUCUGUCAUCACCACUACCACGACUCAUCAGAUUAUAUCCUGAUGACGUUGAUGAUGCGAAUGCGGAUGAUGACGCUACACAAGAAUCUGUACAACACCGAGAGCAAGAACAACCAUGUCUUACUGGUGUUAGCAGUGGUAUUGACAAGUCAAACUCAUCUGAACCUAUUGUUGACAUGGAUGAUAUUUCAGAGAUACUUUUCGAUUCAUGGUCUUCUGAAAGUGAUACUUCAUUGCCAAGUAAUCGUGUACCACAAAUUGAUGGUAAUAUGGAUUCAAGUUGUACAGAUGGUGACAAUGAGAGGAGAGAUACAUCUUCAAAUACUGUUGAUGGUGUUAAACCAGCAAGAAAACGUCGUAGACUUGGUUUACGUUUGCCUAGACGAGAAGUUGGCACAAGUCAGACAAGAACAACACAAAAUACACAAUACAAUAUGACACUUUCCUCUCCUACCAGCCUGUCAACAAAUCUUUUUCCAGUUGAUAUAUCAACGCCUAUCAGUGGAAGAAGAAAACAAUGUCUGUCAGAUAGCAAUUCUACGAUAGGGGAUUUUCCUCCGCCGGUCAGCAUAAACUCUACACCAAAGUCUAAAAUUUCAGUAUCAUCUGAGUGUUUGCCAAGCACUAGUUAUUCAAAUCCUCUUGUCGUCCUUGAACGUUUACUGUCUCCGUCGACAUCAUCUUUGACAAUUACUGAACCAUUAUUAUUAUCACCUUAUCAAUCGAAACGUUUAACACCACGUGAAGAAUUUAAUGAUCUUGAAGAGACAAUUUUAACCUGCAUACACACCGAACCUUCACAGAUGACAAUGAUGAUGAUGAUGGAUUCAGUGGUUCCUGCAACUGAAGAACCAGUCUUCUCAUCAUUCCACUAUGAUUUUUCAGAUUUAACUUAUUGUUCACCAAAUACUUCGAACAGUUUUUAUCCAGGUCAGUUGAGUUUGUUUUCACAGACUCAAUUACCCUUGGCAGUAGAUGCUAGCCCAACAAAAACUGCUAUUACUGGUAAUAAUCAGUCAGCCGAGUUGUUUUCACCAUCGCCGCCGCCGCCGCCACCACUGCCACGGACGCCGCCAGUUAGACGUCCUCUAGUUGCUCCAUUAUUUUGGCGUCCAGUACAUUCACCGCCUCGAUUAAAAGUUGUAAAUGAUUGGCUUGAAAAGUUCAAGGCAAUAAAGGAGGGUAAUAAACUGUCAACUAUAUUGGAUAAUAACGAUGAAGAGGGUGAAGAAGACGAGGAGGAGGAGGAAGAGGCGGGAGGAGAUAAUUCCUCUAAUAUUAACCAAUCAGAAUUAAGUGCAGAGAGGGAUAAGUCAGCUUUAUUGUCGAAUGAAUUAUUUCAACAGGAAACAUCAGAUAAAAUACUGAACUUCACUCAUCACCAUCACCAUCAUCAUCCUUCUUCAGUUGACAGUAUAAUGAAGACACUUCCUGGCGGACAAAAUCACUCACAAGGUUGCAGUGUAAAUUUAUCAGCUGAUAAUGAAUCUUUGUCAAAUACAACUCGACAAUCAACUAUCGGCUCUGUCAGUCUUUUAUAUCAAACAUCUAAUGAUCGUUGUUAUUCAUCAAUUCAGGUUGAUCACACCACUGUCGCUAGCUUAGAACUGCACUGUCGUAGUCGUCUUACAAAGUCAUCAACUGUUGGUAUCCCCACCGCCACUACAACAACAACCACAACUACAACAACAACGACAAACGAUUUCACCAUGUCAACAACAAAGUCCGCAAAGCUGUCGAGUAAUUCUCAAUCGAAAUGUGGUUUAAUCCCAGAUCCUAAUUUAGAUCCUAUUCAAGUGGCUUGUUUGAGUUUUUCGCAUCCUCAACAAAUAACUACUACAACACCAACAGAAACGUCUGGUAAACAAAUUCGUUAUACAAAUUUAUUUGUACUAAUUCUACUAUCAGAAUUAUCCGGUGUCAAUGAAACAGUGUCGUCGUAUAAACAAUUGCCGCUGAAAUAUUUGCAUGGAUUAACUACUAAUAAUGGUGGUUAUGGUAAGAGGCGGAGAAGACGCAACAUGAUGAUCCCGUGUAUCAUUUGGUGUACAACUGAAUGGAAUCUUAUCUCGUGGAUUGUUUAUCUCAUUCAAACAUUUAAUCCUGAAAUCUUGAUUGGUUAUGAUGUAGAGCGUUAUUCGUGGGGUUAUUUAGUUGAUCGUGCAAAUCACUUUGGACGUCGGACAAUAACUCGGGAGUUAUCACGUUUAGCAGCAGAUAUUAUCAACUGUCCACAUUGUCAUGAGUGUAUUAAUGAAUGUAUUAAACUGGUGCAUACAAUGAUUAGAAUUAUGACCACUGGUUGUACUACUACUCCUACUCCUACAACUAAAACUGAACACUGUUCACCAAAACACUUUGAUACACAAGAAUUUAUGAACAGUAUACAAGAUCGUUGUAAUUGUCCAUGUAAUCCGUUGUAUUCUUCAACCAUGGCAAGUAAAUACAGCAGUCAUUCGACGACCUCAACGAAUAAUCCACGUGUUGUAUGGCCAUGUGGUCCAGGUGCUGGACGUACUGGGGGUUUAUUUCCUUGUCCUGGACGAGUUGUUCUAUGCUUUUGGAGGAUAUUGAUGCAUGAAAUUAGCUUAUAUGAGUAUAGUUUGGAGACUGUAGUACGUGAAUUGUUAAAGGAGUAUAUGCCGUGUUAUACAUUUGGACAAUUGAAUGAAUGGUACAGUAAUAUUAACGGGACGAAUCGCUGGCGUACAGUAGAUUAUUGGAUACAUCGAUCUAUUAUAAAUUUACGAUUACUGAAUACCUUAGAUUUAAUUGGUCGUACAAGUGAAUUCGCCCGUGUAUUUGGUAUUGAAUUCUAUCAUGUUUUAUCUCGUGGUUCACAGUAUCGUGUGGAGUCUCUCCUGUGUCGAAUAGCCAAACAAUUCAAUUUUCUACUGCCAAGUCCAACUGUAACACAACGUGCACAUCAACGUGCUCCUGAAGCUAUUCCGUUAAAUCUAGAACCAGAAAGUUUACUAUUCAUUGAUGGUCCUGUUGCUGUGCUUGACUUUCAGUCUUUAUAUCCAUCUAUUAUUAUUGCAUAUAAUUAUUGUUAUUCUACAAUUCUUGGGCAUAUAUCAUGUCUCCUACAAGGUGAUAGCUCUGUAUUCAAUCUUGGAUGUUUAACACAUUUUCUUCCUUCUGGUCUAAUACAGAAAAUUGGUCAAGAAGUCAAUAUCUCUCCAAGUGGUAUUGUAUUUGUAAAAAAAUCAAUCAGAGAAGGUAUUCUACCACGUAUGUUGAAACAACUUCUGACAACACGUCUAAUGGUAAAAGAUUCAAUUAAACUCUACAAAUCAGAUAAGUGCUUGAAUAGACUACUGGAUGCACGUCAGUUGGGUUUAAAAUUAAUGGCCAAUGUGACCUUUGGUUAUACAGCUGCUAGUUUCUCUGGUCGUAUGCCGUGUGUAGACCUUGGUGAUAGUAUUGUACACAAAGCAAGAGAAACAUUAGAACAGGCUAUUGAACUGGUUAACAGUGGACAAAUCGCUUUACCGGAAAGUUGUAACGGCCUUCCAACACCACGUGUUGUCUAUGGGGAUACAGAUAGUUUAUUUAUCCAUUUGAAAGGUUAUGGUAAAUUGGAAGCAUUUGAAGCUUCGUAUAGAAUAGCUGAAGUGAUCACAUCGAAGAAUCCUGUACCGAUUAAACUGAAAUUUGAAAAGAUUUAUUAUCCUUGUCUUCUAGAGGCUAAAAAGCGUUAUGUUGGUUAUGCUUAUGAAAGCCUCAAUCAAACAGAGCCUGUAUUUGAUGCUAAAGGAAUAGAAACGGUGCGAAAAGAUAGUUGUCCAUUUGUAGGAAGAAUACUUGAAGAAUGUUUUAAACUUUUAUUCAAUCAUUUCACUAUUCCACAAUGUGUGAAUAACAAUGAUGGUGAUGAGGUCAAGGAUUCGUCAAAUGCGCCUACAGGGUAUCAUUCUAUAGAUAAAAGUUUAAAAUUAGCUGAAUAUAAUCUGAGGAGUAAAAUUCAACAAUUCGCCUAUCGUUUAAUUCACGGGAGAAUACCAUUCCAUGAGUGUAUAAUAACUAGACCAUAUUGGGGACUGACAGCUUACAAAGCGGGAACAUUCUCUCCGGCAUUGCAAGUGGCUAGACGUCUCCUGUCUCUAGAUCCACGCGGUGAACCAUUACGUGGUGAACGUGUUGUCUAUUUCAUUGCAGCUGGUCGUUCAGAUCAAACUUUGCUAUCAUGUGUUCGAAGUUUACACGAAAUCCAUCCAUCGAUAUGGUUUACGGCGAAGUCAAGCGCAUCACGUCGUCUGUUGGCACCACGUCUCAAUUAUGGUUAUUAUCUUGAUAAACAGUUUAUACCACCUAUUGAAAGGAUGACACAGGUGAUUGGAUGGAGAGUUCGUAAUUGGUUAUCAGAUCUUCCGCGUUCUUCAGCAUUUAAGCAUCAUCGUUAUGCUUUAAACUCAGGACCAUUUUCCGCCUCUCAGGGUCGUUUUACAAAUCUUGGCUCUCCAUCAUCAACAUUCACUCUGUCUCCAUCUUCAUCACAGAUGAAUUUCAGUACAGGUCUACAGCAUAAUAAACGUUGUCGUCGACCCUCAGCGCUUAUGCGUGCUUUUGUUGCACAAAUACCACAAAUAUGUCCUAGCUGUGAAUCAUUGGUGCCAAAUACCAGUUCAACUGAUCAGCUUGGACAUUGUAGAACUUGUAUUCAAGGGAACAGUAAAUUAAUGAAUAUUGGUGUGAUCAAACUUGGAUGUGCAAUAAAUCAUAUUCAAUCUCAACUGAAUCGGCUAGAAACAAUUUGUACCUAUUGUACAGUGAAUCGUGGCAUCCUGUGUGAUACUAUUUGGCUGUGUAAUAAUUUCAACUGCCCAGUCAACAGUAAACGCUUGCUUGCGUCAGCUGAUUUAGCCAUGUUAUGGACACGUUAUAGUAAAUGCUUGAAUUCUCAAAUAGACACUGUAAAUUCAUGGUAGAUGGGCAUAUAGAUAGAUAUAUUUAUAAAUGAAGCUAAAUAAUGAUAUCAUGUGUACAUACAUGUAUGAGUGAAUGAAUGUGAGAGAGAUGAUGUCUUAUCUUCCUUAUUUUUAUACUUUCAAGUAUAUGAUAUUACUCUACGGUACUCUUUUUCAAAAAUGUAUUUUUCUAUACUGUGAUCACUAUUAUUAUUAUUAUUGUUUUCUUUUCAAUUGAAUUAUAAUUUA